AGUCAUGUGAAGAGAGUCAGUUAAGAAACUGCUGUGUUUUGGUUCUGUUCUCCAUGUUGGCGUUCGUGAAUUAGUUGUUCCUAGUGAGUAAACCAAGCGAGUGCAAACAGAUAUCUUUGCAUCGAAGAAACAAUUACCUCAUUCGUCAUGAUAGCAGCCUAUCUUAUUUCUGUUUUGCUACUUGUAUUGACGCUACUAUUCUUCGUUUAUCGCAAGUGGGAGAAUUCUUCGUACGUGAAAACAAUUGACCUUAUUCCAGGACCCCCAAAACAGUUCUUUGUGGGGAAUGCCUUGGCUUUACCAAAGGAAACUAACGAAAUCUUGCAAACCAUACACAGCAAAUGGGUAAAACAAUAUGGAAAAAUUUUCCGCGUUUGGCUCGGAUUGCGACCGUUUGUCAUGACUUCUUCGGCAGUUUUAAUUGAGAAAAUGAUGACAAGCAAUACGUUCAUAGAUAAAAAAGACGCGUAUAGUAUUCUGACACCGUGGCUCGGUGAAGGACUCUUGCUAGCGUCAGGAAACAAAUGGAAAAAGAAUCGUCGUCUAUUGACACCUGCCUUUCACUUCCAGAUUCUUGACAAUUUCUUUGACGUUUUCAAUAAAAACGCUGACAUUCUUUGCGAGCAAUUAAUUAAAGCCAACACCUCAAUCAAAGGCGAUUCUGUUGAAGAUAUUGACGUGUUCCCCUAUUUGAAAAGGUGUGCCCUCGACAUCAUCUGCGAGGCUGCCAUGGGCAUUCAGGUCAACGCUCAGCUGGAAGAUUCAGAAUAUAUUAGAAACGUCCAAAGGAUAUCAGAAAUUGUUGUGGAAAGGUUCUUCUCGUUUGGGCAUUUUAUGCCUGACUGGAUGUACGAAUGCACGACAAGCGGAAGAGAACAUAAGAAGAUAUUAAAGCAGAUCCACGAUUUCACUUCUAAGGUUAUUCGCGAAAGGAAAGUGGAAAUCGCUCUUGAAGACGAAAUAUUGCCGGAAGAGGACACCAGUGAGGUUUCGAAUAGAUCCAAGAAACGUAGGGCCUUCCUAGAUUUGAUGCUUCUAGCCAACAAAAAUGGAGUUGAACUAAGUGACCUCGAGAUCCGUAAUGAAGUGGACACUUUCAUGUUCGAGGGACACGAUACAACCGCAUCCGCUCUUGUUUGGUUUCUCUACUGCAUGGCCAUCAACCCUAAGCACCAGGCCCUUGUGCAGGAAGAGCUGAACGAGGUUUUUGGAGGUUCCGAUCGUCCCUGCACCAUAGAGGACACAACUAAAUUAAAAUAUCUCGAAUGCUGCAUCAAAGAAUCACUCCGGCUCUAUCCUGCCGUGCCCAUAAUCAGCCGGUACAUCAGUGAAGACUUUGAACUGGGAGGCUAUAAAAUCCCAGUUGGGGCUUCCGUUGUCAUUGAAAUCUACGCCCUUCAUCGAAACGAAGAUUAUUUUCCUGAACCGGACGUUUUUAAUCCCGAUCGUUUCCAGACGAAUGAAAGUAUCGGUAGACACGCGUUCUCGUUCCUUCCUUUCAGCGCAGGAUCAAGGAAUUGUAUUGGUCAGAGGUUCGCCAUGUUUGAGGAGAAAGUCUUGGCUUCGUCUCUACUCCGCCGAUUUAAAUUUUCCUAUGACAUUGCCAAGCACGGACCGCCCAAAGCCAACGCUGACUUGGUUCUGAAACCUAGAGAUGGCAUGCCAUUGCAAAUUGCCUCAUAUCUACAAUAAAGUUUGGCUUACUUUUUGUUGAUAUUCCAUUUGCAUAUUUACGAUAUACCCCAAGUAUUACUUUAUAUAAAAAAAAAAAUUAAACACUGACUGACUGAAAACGCACGCUGUGAUGUUGGAAUUAAGUCAAGAAAUGAGUGACUAAAACGAACGGAAGCAGUGAAGAUUUAACGUUUAAAUAUGGAUAAAAUGAUUUUUGAUUUUA